CUCUACAACUUUCUUAUAACAGCCAAAACUGAGUCUUUCUCCUUGAUGCACCUAUUGAAGCAGCUCAAUGUUUCAUCAAUUCAGUGGUUGCAACGUGUGGACGAACAGCAAAACAAAUACAUCCUUUUAGCUAAAUUCAUAAAAUUGUUGUUUCAAUAUUUUUUGAUCAUAAUCUGUCGGCAAUUUCAAGUGUCCUACAUCAAAGAGUUGCGUGUCUUUAUUCACGUGAAAAAUUUUAAUGCGCAAAAAAAAUUUUACAUGAAAAAGUUGGAAAAAAACAUGGCGAUUGAACCGGAUGAUGCAGUAAGUGAUGAUUGUAAGAUUAAAAAUAGACUUAAUUUGAUUCCAAAGACAAAUGGCUUGAGGCCAAUCAUAAUCAAUAAGCUUUCGACCGAAGACAAAGUAAAUCUAAAAAAAGCUCUUUGUGUUUUGAGAUAUCUUAAUGUAACUUUCGUGAAAAAUGUGAGCAACAAUUUUAGUGAAAAAUAUUCAAGCAUUGUUAAAGAAAAUAGAAUGUCAGAUGACAACAAAAUAUACAUAGUAUCCACUGACAUAAUCAAUGCUUAUGGAUCCAUAAAAAUCUGUAAGUCAUUUAUUUUGUUUAACAAUAGGCUGAUGUAA